GGGGCGGGGUGGGGGGGCGCGGACGAAGAUGGCGACGCCGGCAAGCGAACCCCAACCUUUCGUCCCUGCCCUCUCGGCGGCUAGCCUGCACCCUCAUCAUCACCCUCACCACCACCACCACCAUCACCACCACCAACACCACGGGGGCACCGGGGCUGGCGGCGGGACUGGCGGCGGCGGCGGCAGCGGGGGCUUCAACCUGCCCUUGAACCGGGGUCUGGAGCGCGCGCUGGAGGAGGCGGUCCACUCCGGGGGCUUGAACCUCAGUGCCAGGAAACUGAAGGAAUUUCCCAGGACCGCGGCCCCCGGCCACGACCUCUCGGACACGGUGCAGGCAGAUUUAUCUAAAAACAGACUGGUUGAAGUUCCAAUGGAAUUGUGCCAUUUCGUAUCACUGGAAAUUCUUAAUCUGUAUCACAAUUGCAUCCGAGUCAUUCCCGAGGCCAUCGUCAAUCUGCAGAUGCUGACUUACUUAAACUUGAGUCGGAAUCAGCUGUCUGCCCUGCCUGCCUGCCUGUGUGGUCUGCCUCUCAAAGUCUUAAUCGCAAGUAACAACAAGCUUGGAUCACUCCCGGAAGAGAUAGGUCAGCUCAAACAGUUAAUGGAGUUGGAUGUCAGCUGCAACGAGAUCACAGCUUUGCCCCAGCAAAUAGGUCAAUUGAAGUCUCUACGAGAACUGAAUGUCAGAAGAAAUUACCUUAAAGUUUUGCCACCAGAACUAGUAGAUCUUCCCCUGGUCAAGUUUGACUUUUCCUGCAACAAAGUGCUGGUGAUUCCGAUCUGUUUUCGGGAGAUGAAGCAGCUGCAGGUGUUGCUGCUGGAGAACAAUCCUUUGCAGUCGCCUCCUGCGCAGAUUUGCACAAAGGGCAAAGUGCACAUAUUUAAGUAUUUGAGCAUACAAGCGUGUCAGAUGAAGACAGCUGACUCCCUUUAUCUCCACGCCAUGGAGAGGCCCCAUUUACACCAGCAUGUGGAAGACAGCAAGAAGGAUUCUGACUCGGGAGUUGGAAGUGAUAAUGGAGAUAAGCGAUUAUCUGCCACUGAGCCUUCUGACGAAGACACUGUGAGCCUCAAUGUGCCAAUGUCAAAUAUCAUGGAAGAAGACCAGAGCACCAAGGAGGAUGUGUGCCAUCAUCGCCUCAGCCCAGUGAAAGGGGAAUUUCAUCAGGAAUUUGAACCAGAACCUUCUCUCUUGGGUGACAACGACAACGCAGGAGAAGAAAGGGACCAUUUUACUCUCGGAGCAGAUGUCCUGCACCCCGGCUUUCGGAGCUAUGUCAAGGAUAGGGCAGAAGACUGUGAAGAGCUGUUACGGAUAGAAGAGGACGUGCACUGGCCGACCGAGGGAAUAAUAAGUUCAUCCAAAGAUCAAGACAUGGAUAUAGCCAUGAUUGAGCAGCUGAGAGAAGCAGUAGAUUUGCUGCAAGAUCCCAAUGGAUUAAGCACAGAUAUGACGGACAGCGGUGUUUUAAACCUGUACCCCGUGGGAUCAGCAGAAGCCUUAGAAUUACAAGAUCCUGCACUAAAUGGUCAAAUACAGCUGGAGACAUCCCCGCGGUGUGAGGUGCAGAGUGAUCCCACAUUGCAGAGUAACGGGAGCCAGUAUUCUGCUAAUGAGCUGAGAGAGAACUCUCCUGCAGUCUCUCCUACCACAAACAGCGGAGCUCCGUUCGGCCUGAAGCCUCGAUCAGUGUUUCUCAGACCUCAGAGAAAUUUGGAGUCUGUAGACCCACAAUUUACAAUUCGGAGGAAGAUGGAACAGAUGAGAGAAGAAAAAGAGCUGGUGGGACAACUCCGUGAGAGCAUUGAGAUGCGACUGAAGGUGAGUCUCCACGAAGACCUGGGGGCUGCACUCAUGGAUGGUGUCGUGCUCUGCCAUCUGGUCAACCACAUUCGCCCGCGGUCCGUAGCAAGCAUCCAUGUCCCCUCACCAGCAGUUCCCAAACUCAGCAUGGCCAAAUGCAGAAGAAAUGUGGAAAACUUUUUGGAAGCCUGCCGAAAAUUAGGAGUCCCAGAGGAGAAAUUAUGUCUACCCCAUCACAUCCUUGAAGAGAAAGGCCUGGUCAAAGUGGGCAUGACCGUGCAGGCGUUGCUAGACGUCACUGUCGCGAAGGCUCUAUUCACAUGAAUCCAGCCCCUCUCUCUCCUUUGGGGUCACUCAGACUGUGCUCCAUCAGGGAUCCUGAACUCUCUUCCCGGCACCUGGUCCACCCUCUCUCCCACUCACUGCCUGUCACUUCCCAACUCUGUUGCGUUGAAAAGGUUUUCAGACUAAGGGAGGAUUUUCCACUUGGCAGAACUGACCUAGGACGCGACGACUUGACAGGUACUUUUAUCUAGAGCACGGUGGGAGAGCCGGUGAAGAGCUGAGCGCCGCAUCAAUGCCUUUACAACCUCCUCAUCCCUUCCACGCUCACCGACUGCCAUUGCCAGAACGCCAAGCACAACCGUUUUGCAGCAAGACGUGUUUGUUUCGUUACAACCAAACUCAUGAUGUGUUUAGUAGGGGGAGGGGGGGACACAAUCAGGUUUCUCACCACCAAAUUUUUCAAGAAGUUUCUUGAGACCAUUGCCUUUUAAAAAACUAUUUUCGACAUACAAAAUAUUUAUAUGAAUAUUAUUUAUUAGUGAGUUGUUAUUCAUCCUUUGGAUGCAAAUUGUAAAUUAGGAAACUAUUUUAUUACUGCUUUUUUGUGGUUAAACACUUUAUUUUAAUAUAAAUAUUGAGUUAUUUUCUAUCCUCUUUGGUGUGCAGUAGUUCUAGGUCUUGGUAAUCACGUUUUCUGGUGUAUAUGAUUCAGAAAAAAAAAAAAGUAAGCAAACAACAGGUGCUUCUGUGACAAAGAACUGUUUUCUGGGGAGGCAUUACUUCCACUUUGGUUUGUGGAACAUUGUUCUUAUUUAUACUUCUGCAUUCCAUCCAGUUUCCUACAUUCCAGUAGCCCUUUUGUCCCCUGAUAUAAUAAAACUGACUGAAAUCAAGAGAGCACCCCAAAGUUAUUUGUAAAUAGCUGUGAUGGGAAAAAAAAGACACAUUAAACUUGAAGAUAAAAUGUGAACAGUUAUUUUUUUGGAUUCAUACUUCUUUUGCUAUGCACAAAACAUUCACGUUUUAACACAAAGAAUAAGUGUUAGCAUAUGUGUCUUGAAGUAUAAUUUUGCACUGUAACAUGGGUAAUUAGAAAGAGUCUAGCACCAAAGGUAGAUAAUGAGGGAAGGCUAUAAGAAAAUGGGGAGAAGACACAAAGUUUAUUGUUUAACCAAAAAGUUUUUCAAAGGAAGCUUUGAGUGAUCAAAAAUUCCUUAAGGCACAUAGGACGUAGGCCAGGAGACCAGCACUUCUUGUAACUGCCAAUUUUAAAGGAGAAGGGACUCUUGAGAAGUAGAUGUGUUCAUUUGAUUGUAAUCCAGUUGGUGGUUUUCAAAAUAGUUUGUAAAAUACUGCGAGAUUCACGAUCCCUGCUGUGAAACUCCGAGAUGAGUUGUCUGUGAGCAGUGGAGCAGCUGUAAGCACGACCAUGGCCACAGCAGGCUAACGAGAAGGUUGAGUAAGUGGAGUUUGUGAGUCUGGGCGGCCAAGGAGGGAGCAGGUGCGAACAGAACAGGACUAAGAGAAGCGUCAGCGAAAGAAAGGAACCCAUCCGUGUUGGCCUGAUUCACAGAUGGCUUCAUGUAACCCCCGACGCCAGGCAGGUCCGUGCAUGCACACUCACGCUGCAGCUCCGGCUAGCCCAGUGGUUCAUCUUCCAGAGUCCUGUGAAUGCUGACCGCAUUGCACUUCCACCUCUGUGAAAAGCCAUUAGAAGUUUGGGGGCAGCAGAAGCCACAGUUUCUAAGACAAAUGUAAAGGUGAAUGCAAAAGGAAAGAGCCCAGGAAGAAGGCAGUGUGCACUCGGCACAGACCAACAGGAACCAGCGCAAAGGUUGCUCCCCGCUCUGGGCCAGGGGAGGGGUUUCUGCACGUGGGACUUGGGAGUGGCAGCUAGCAAUGAUUUCUUAUCAAACGUACUGUGCACUUUAACCUAACUUCAAAUAUAUUUUAAUAUUUUCCUGUACUUCGCAGAAACGUGUUUUGUCAAUAGCAUGAUGAUGUAAAGAGGAAAAACUUUUUUGAACAAAGAGCGUAUACAAUUGAAGCAACACUCAAAGAUCCAUUCUGUCUGUUGGAAUUGAGACUGCUGCACCUUCAUGGGCAUUCAGAAUGCAGGGUCCUGAAAUAUUUUUUUACAUGUAUAUAUGGCAACCUAUGAAGCUCUGUAAUCAUUGUUUUGAGAGAUUUUUUUUCAAAGUUAAAAUAUUUCUUUUGAUAUUAAUUUUCAGUAUUUUUUGAAGUUGGCUGUAUAGUACAAAUGGCUUCAGUAUUUUGUAAAAGGGCUUUUUUUUUUCCUUUAAAAUGCACUUCUUGUAUGGCUAAGACAUCUUCAAGAUCCUUGUACACUGUUUAUAUGUGCAAUAAAAUGUGCAUGGCUGGCUGACAGUACUCUAAGUGGACAGAAUGUAUAUAGUGCAAAUAUCUUUCCUUCUAUUUAACAGCCAUUAAAACUUAU